AUGAGUAUCCCCUCAGUAGAGUUCAACUUCUCGAUUAAUUCCGAGACUUUUCGGAACUUCCCACCUUCAUCUUCUCAAGAUGGCGGUGGAACUGAGAGUGUUGUACCUAUCCGACAAGCCUCGAGCGUACCCAGGACCUUGCCAACAGCCCAACCACCAAUAUCCCUCUUCCAAAAUUUACAACCAGCUCAUAAAGCAUCACCAAAUGCUACGCCUCAACGCAAAUCGCUAAACUCACCGCUGAGUCCCGGUCCGUCGCCAUCCACGUACGCAAAUCAGCACAAUGCUUCUCCAAGCCCAAGCCCGCGACCCAUGCCCAUGUUUUCUUUCCAUCGGAGUGAGAACACUCGGGAUAAUACCACUGAAUCAUCUGAUACCAUUCAAGAUAAUGAGAAACUAAAUGAUCCAGGCCUAAACUCUGCACCAGUGCCCUUGGACUGGGGUACUGGGCGGGAAAACGUUUCAGGAGAUCUGCCCACAGAAAGUGACAAUCUUUCAGAGGCUGAAAAGUCCGAGGAGGAUGAAAGUGAGACAGAGAGGAUAGUCAGUAUACGCGAAGAAACACUUCCCAGGGCCCGGAUCUACAACAGCCGACUCCAAAGAGGACUGAAAGACGUCAAACGCGAACUGGCCGGUCUUGCCGAAAUCAUGCAUGCUUCGGAAUUAGCUAAAGAUCAAUCGACAAACCUUUACGCGCUAUGUGAGCGUACGGAAAAGAUGAGCAAGUUUGAAUAUCCGGAGACACGUACUGUAGGAUUCAUUGGAGACUCGGGAGUUGGCAAGAGUUCUUUAGUCAAUUCGCUUCUUGACCAGAAGAUUGCACGAUCUAGCAGAGAGGGAUCUGCCUGCACCUGUGUAGUGACAGAGUUCCGCCACACUGACGACAACCACACUGGUCCAUUCAGAAUUGAAGCAGAAUAUAUGAACAAAGAAGAGAUGACAGAGUUAAUAGACGAGCUGCUAGUGAAUUUCCGACAGUUCUACGUCAGCUCCAUAUUCAGAGAACUCAAGACGACCGAGGAGCAACAGAACUGCCGAGAUGCAGCCGCUAAAGCAUGGGAAUCACUUCAAUCGUUGUUCAAGGACCAACCAGAACUUACAAUUGAGUUUCUAUCGGAUGAAACCGAUGGCGCACGCUCUGAUACUCUCGCUCAGUUGGAGCAGUGGGCAUCCGCUGGUUUGGCACAUCGACAGGGCGGAUCCGACGCACUCGAAUAUUCCGCCACUGCUGGUGAUAUUGAAGAAUGUCAAUCUACUCUUGAUCAGCUUGCUGCUGAUAGUUCAGAGGCUGGUGGUCCCGCACUGUGGCCUUUCAUCAAGUUGAUCAGGGUAUACCUCAGUUCACCUAUUCUGAGAACUGGUUUAGUUUUGACUGAUUUGCCCGGACUCCGAGAUCUGAACUUUGCAAGAGUGCGCACAACUGAAAAGUAUCUCGCGCAUCAUUGCGACGAGGUCUUCAUUGUGGCAAACAUUGCUCGAGCGAGUUCGGACGAAUCCGUCGCAGACAUCAUAAGCAGAUGUAGAUCGGACCAACUGCGAAGGAUUAUUUGCACAAACUCAGAAAAUGUUUCAGCCGAAGAGGCUGCCCGUGAGCAGGGACCAGACGGACGACGCGUCCGAGAAAUGAAUCAAGAAAUCGAAGCAGUGAAGGCUAGUCACAGAAGGGCCAAGUCGCGAAGGAUCAAAGCGGACAGGAGCAACCGGGCCAGAUGGGCUCUUGAAGAAUCGGAGCUCAGCGACCGGACAGAGGAAUUGGAAUUUGGUGUCAAAAGUUUCUUGAUCAACCGCCGAAACCUCAAGGUCUCACGCGACCUCGCUAGGAAGUACGAGGAGGUCCAAGUAUUCUGUGUUAGCAACACACUAUACUCCGAUCACCGGGCCGGCGAAUCGAUUCGCGCGGAGGAAUACCUCGAUCUGACUGGUAUACGCGAGCUCCGCCGCCAUUGCCAGCUAGUCCCAGCGGAAGCUCAAAUGCGCGCAACAUCAGCGUUCCUGGAAGACGAAGUCCCGGCAAUGGUGGGCUCUCUUCGUCAAUGGGCAUUGUCGGGGACAGAUUCGGUCACUGCAGAAAAGGCCGCUGCCCUCCACCGUGUUCUGAAUCAGUCUCAAGAGGCUCUUUGUCGGGAUUUUCAAUCGUCGCAAGCACAUGUUCCUCGCAUGAUCCGGGACUUGAGAGCGCUGUUUCAUAAUUCUGUCAUCCUCCAUAUCAGGGAUUCUAGGGGCUUGUGGAAACAGAUAAGCCUGGGAAUCAGCCGGGAGUGGGCAGGGUGGCACCACGCUACAUACGCCGCGUUCUGUCGGCAACAUGGAUCCUGGAGCACCAAGGCACAACCGAAUGCACGCCCUUGGAAUGAUCAGUUAGUGCAACAAAGCCGCGAGGAACUGGAUCCACAGUGGGAAGAAAUCCUGGAAUGGCUCGAGUCACAAGCUGAAACUCUAGCCAACGAAGUUGAUGCAUCAUUUGAAGACUUGUUCCAAGAUAUUCACGCGCAUGAGGACUUUGCACCCCAGGCCCUGCAAAACAUCCUUCGCAGCAUGAGACAUAGACAGCAGUGCAUUAAGAACGAAAUCGCGAGAUUGAUUCGCAUAAUCAACAUGAAGACCCAACAGACACAGCGAGACAUGCUAUACGCCCACUCCCAUUCGUUCGUUUCUACUCUAAUAUUACCAGCAUAUAGUGCCUGUAACAGCGAGGGAGGGACUGGAAGCGACAGGCGUCGAAAGCAACACAUGGACGACCACCUGAGGCAUUCCAGGCUGUUUUCCAAAUACUCUGAACGUGCAAAAGAAGUAUAUAACGACGCCAUUGACGAAAGCUCCCAGAUACUACAGCAGUAUAUCGACGAGCAGAUACAAAGCAUUAUUAGAGACUUCAACGCCGUGGUGGCUGUUGAAGGAGAACUGCCGGAGGCCGAACGGGAUCCUUCGGUCGCAGGUAUAUUGAGAUCUCUGCUUGACCGUGGACAGACUGUUCUUGACAGAGCUAUAAGUACUGUGAGAGAGCUCAAUAGGAACGUGUCUACUUGA